GCGAGGGGUUGAUGAGUCCUGAACUGGAAAGAGCCUGGCGGAUCCGGGCCUGGCUGCGGCGGAGAGGGCGAGGGCUCUAGGCAGGGGAUGCUGGGGCCCAUGCCCCGCAGACUGUGAGGAGUGGGAGAAUCAGGCGCGGCGGAGAAACCAGUCCCAGGAUGGGGGCAUGAGGGGAAGACCGGGGAGACCGGAAGCAGAGCCGGGGGCCCUCAGGAGGACGGGUGAUGAUGAAUAGGGCCACAGGAAGCAGGAGAGUGAAUGAAUGGGGGAUACUGAUAGCAGAGAGGAAGGGCAGUAAAUGGGGUCUGGCGAGGCAAGAGCCAAGUUACCGAGCCCAGGAGACAGGAUGUGCACUUAUGGAGGAUACUGGCGUCGGGAAGAAGGGGAGGGAAUAGAGGACUAGAGGGGUAAAACUGGAGAAGUCAGGAGAAAGGGGAAGGAGAGGAGAGGUUCAUGGGGCAGAGGUUUGGAGGAAGGCGAUAGAAGGCUCUACGAGGUGGCCUUUUACAGUUGAGGAGUCAUACCGACUCAUGCCCAGACUGGAGGCCUAGUUCAUAAUACUGUCUUUGGGAAUUGCAGGGGCCAGGAGUAGUUAGUUCUCUUGCCUCUUGGACCCUCUUGGAUUGGACCCUCAAGGCCCUCUUUGAGAUUCUCCCAAGAGAUUUCAGGGCCUGUCUGAGGCGCCUCUCAUAAGCUCCUAAGCUUAGCUUCUGGCUCCACCCCCUAUCAUACGUCAGAUAAAACAGUGACUCCCAGAAAUCUGUCUGAACUGCAGACAUGUGGACUUCCCCGCCCCACUGCGGCUGCUGCACUUCAGGCAGCCAGCCUCCUGGAACAAAGCCUCGCCUCCCCUCAUCCUGGCCUCUGGGAGGACCUUCUUUUUCCCUGUGUUCUGAGUCACCCAGUCUGAGGUGACCCCUCUCCAGAUUCUCAAACCCAAUUUGCAGUGUGGCUCUUGACUCUGGUGGCAUUGCCUGGUGUUGAGCUGAGAUGGUUCAAGCCUGACAUUCCAUGAUACAAGAUCCCGACAGGCGCUCACAGGCUGCUGCCGUGGCUGCUGUAGAUGAUUUAAGACCACAAGGCAGUCCGGGGCUGAGAGACGAGGCAUUCCCUCUACCUGGAUGUGUGGAAACUCCCUGCCAACUUGAUUUGUGGAUCUGGGGGGGAUCCACCCCCACCCCACACGGCAAGUACAGUCUAUUUUGUGGGUGGAGCUUCAGGUCCCAGCCAACUGAAGGAUGGCCACCCCUGUGGUCACCAAGACAGCCUGGAAGUUGCAGGAGAUCGUCGCCCAUGCCAGCAACGUGUCCUCACUGGUGUUGGGCAAAGCCUCUGGGCGACUGCUGGCUACAGGCGGGGAUGACUGUCGUGUCAACCUGUGGUCCAUCAACAAGCCCAACUGCAUCAUGAGCCUGACCGGUCAUACGUCCCCAGUGGAGAGUGUCCGCCUCAACACCCCCGAGGAGCUCAUUGUGGCUGGCUCCCAGUCGGGCUCCAUCCGCGUCUGGGACCUGGAAGCUGCCAAAAUUCUUCGCACACUUAUGGGACACAAAGCCAACAUCUGCAGCCUGGAUUUCCACCCCUACGGCGAGUUCGUAGCUUCAGGUUCCCAGGAUACGAACAUCAAACUCUGGGACAUAAGGAGGAAAGGCUGUGUCUUCCGAUACCGGGGGCACAGCCAGGCCGUGCGGUGUCUCCGGUUCAGCCCCGACGGGAAGUGGUUGGCAUCGGCCGCAGAUGACCACACAGUGAAGCUCUGGGAUCUGACUGCUGGCAAGAUGAUGUCUGAGUUCCCUGGCCACACGGGGCCUGUCAAUGUGGUGGAAUUUCACCCCAACGAGUACCUCCUGGCUUCUGGCAGCUCUGACAGGACCAUCCGUUUCUGGGAUCUGGAGAAAUUCCAGGUGGUGAGCUGUAUUGAAGGGGAGCCAGGGCCUGUCAGGAGCGUCCUCUUCAACCCCGAUGGCUGCUGCCUGUACAGUGGCUGCCAGGACUCGCUGCGCGUCUAUGGCUGGGAGCCCGAGCGCUGCUUUGAUGUGGUCCUAGUCAACUGGGGCAAGGUGGCUGACCUGGCCAUUUGCAACGACCAGCUGAUAGGCGUGGCCUUCUCCCAGAGCAAUGUCUCCUCUUACGUGGUGGACCUGACGCGAGUUACCAGGACAGGCACAGUGGCCCAGGGCCCUGUGCAGGACAGCCAGCGCCUGGCUCAGCAGCCGCCCCACCCCAGUGCCCCGCUUCGCCGCAUCUACGAGCGGCCCAGCACAGCCUGCAGCAAGCCUCAGAGGGUGAGGCGGAACUCGGAGAGUGAGCGCCGCAGCCCCAGCAGCGAGGACGACCGGGAUGAGCGGGAGUCUAGGGCCGAGAUCCAGAACGCCGAGGACUAUAAUGAGAUCUUCCAGCCCAGGAACAGCAUCAGUCGGACUCCACCCCGAAGAAGUGAGCCCUUCCCUGCACCCCCGGAGGACGACAUGGCCACAGCCAAGGAGGCAGCAAAGCCCAGCCCAGCCAUGGACACCCAGUUCCCGGUGCCAAAUGUUGAGGUCCUGCCCUGGCCCCCGGUUGUCACUCCCGCCCCCAAGGCUGAGCCUGCCAUCAUCCCUGCUGCCCGGAGCGAGCCCAUCGGGCUGAAGGCCUCUGACUUCCUGCCUGCCAUGAAGAUCCCCCAGCAGGCAGAGCUGGUCGACGAGGAUGCCAUGUCACAGAUCCGAAAAGGCCAUGACACCAUGUGCGUGGUGCUCACCAGUCGCCAUAAGAACCUGGACACCGUGCGGGCUGUGUGGACCACAGGUGACAUCAAGACGUCGGUGGACUCAGCUGUUGCCAUCAAUGACCUGGCGGUGGUAGUGGACCUCUUAAACAUUGUCAACCAGAAAGCUUCCCUGUGGAAGCUGGACCUAUGCACCACAGUCCUACCGCAGAUCGAGAAGCUUCUGCAGAGCAAGUAUGAGAGCUAUGUCCAGACAGGCUGCACCUCCCUGAAGCUGAUCCUGCAGCGGUUUCUGCCCCUGAUCACUGACAUCCUGGCAGCCCCACCCUCCGUAGGUGUGGACAUCAGCCGGGAGGAGAGGCUCCACAAGUGCCGGCUCUGCUACAAGCAGCUCAAAAGCAUCAGUGGCCUCGUCAAGAGCAAGUCAGGCUUGAGUGGCCGCCACGGCAGUGCCUUCCGCGAGCUGCACCUGCUCAUGGCCAGUUUGGACUGAGAAGCUCGGUGGGGGCACCCAAGGCCCUUGGGCCUGGCCUCAGCCCCCACUUCUAUUCCCUGUGUGCCCAGUGGCCCAUGAGCCUCUGCGUGGCCCCACUGCUGCCCUGUAGCCAUUCUGGAGGCGGCAGUGCUGGCCCGCUGGCCACCUCCACAGCCCUGAGCUCUCCAGUAACAGCUGCACAGCUUUGCCCAGCUCCUGCUUCUUGGGGCAGUGAACUGAGCCCUAGGGCAGCUGCUGUAAUUUAUAAGGCGAAUUUUAUUAAAUUUGUAACUAUU